AGAUGAGAAUCCUUUUGGAUGCUGACCCAGCAGCAUUGCUGGUGUCCAUCUGGGCGGUGAUCAGCAUCAGUAAUGCACAGCGCAGGAAACUCGCUGGUUCUACCUGUCCGAGUCCAAGCGACUUGCUUGGUUGGCGCCACGCUUCUAAGUGAUUCACUUUGCGACUUACCCUUCUCGACCCAAGUCUACAAGAACCAAGAUCGCCAUGCGUUUCGCUUACACGACGUUGUUACUCGUCUUAGCUUUUAUCGCUAGCUCCAAUGCUGUUUUAACCGUCGCCAAGGACGAAGACCAACUCAUUCUGUCGAGUAAAAUGGGAGCUACUCGUACCCACCCGAUAAGGGCUGACGAUGAUAAGAACGUCGUCAGAUCAUUGCGGUCAGUUGCUACCGCCGUUGAGAUCGAUGCUGUGGGCGAUGAAGAGAGGCUGUCUCUUAGUAGCAUUCCAGGCGUGUCGAAGCUAAAACAACUGAUGAAUAGUGGGAAGUCCAAGGACCUGAUCAAUUACCUCAAGUAUAAGUUCUCGGUUAUACUUGGAAAGAAGGAGGCUGAUAUCUUCAAUUGUUGGACCGAGCAAGGGAAAGACCUGGAUGAUCUCUACAAAAUCUGGUUGAGAGCAGACAAGAAGCCUGAUGACGUUUACCGCAUUAUGGGCAUUCAGGCCGCGCACCCUUACAACAGUCCACACCUCAACAAAUUCGUUACCUAUCGCAAUCUAUACAACAAAAAACAUGGCAUCCCGUAUUCCCGUGCUUGAGCAGACGCGGUAGUAGUAUAACGAGAAAUUGAGAAUGCCCCUGAUCUUGCUGUUACGUGUGUUACUCUAAUUCUCUUACACGUAUGAGCGUCUUUGACGGUUAAAAUCUCACAGC